AUGUCAUCACGGCCAUCGUGUCGCGAAGACUUUGAAGUCGCCAUCAUCUGCGCAUUGCCGCUCGAGUACGACGCCGUUGCUCUCCUCUUCGACGAGUUCUGGGAUGAAGACGGCGAUCCAUACAUGAGGGCAGCCGGAGACCCCAACGUCUACACAACCGGUCGCAUAGGCAAACACGAUGUCGUGCUGGCUCUAUUGACUCACAUGGGCAAGGUCAAUGCCGCCUCUGCGGCCACUCACAUGCGGACAAGCUAUCGAGGCCUGCGACUCGUACUUCUUGCAGGAAUAUGCGGCGGCGUGCCCUAUAAUGGGCGAGAAGAGAUACUCCUAGGCGACGUUGUGAUUAGCAAGACUCUUGUGCAGUACGACUUUGGCAGGAGAUAUCCCGAUGAGUUUCUGCGCAAAGACACCGUCCAGGAUAAUCUGAGGAGACAUGACAGAAAUGUCGGCAGCCUUUUGGCCAUGUUUGACACAGCCAGCGGCCGAGAGAAGCUCCGAGACAAGACUUGUCAGUUUUUGGAGCAGCUCCAGGAAAGGGCCUCGAGGCAUCAAGCCAAGUAUGACUAUCCCGGGACAUCUGAAGAUAAGCUAUUCGAAUCGAGCUAUCGCCACAAGCACCGCGACUCAUCAGCAACUUGCAUCUGCAGCGUGUGCCAUGGGAGAAAAGACCCAGUAUGCAAUGAGGCCCUUGGCUUGUCGUGUGAUGAGCUGGGCUGUGAUGAAGAGUACCUAGUUCCGAGGCAGCGACUCCAGGAGCAAAGCGAGCAAGACAAAUCGACGCGGCCUGCCGUCCAUAUUGGCGCAGUUGCGUCGGGCGACACAGUGAUGAAGUCUGGAGAAGACCGAGAUAAGAUCGCCCGGGAAGAGAAAAUUAUCGCAUUUGAGAUGGAAGGGGCCGGCGUGUGGGAGGAAAUCCCCUGCAUCGUGGUCAAGGGCGUGUGCGACUACGCCGAUUGCCACAAGAACAAGAAGUGGCAGGAUUAUGCGGCAGCAACGGCGGCAGCUGCUUCAAAGGCGAUGCUCGAACGAUAUAUCCAGACGGAU